GGAAUCUUUGGAAGAAUUUGGACAAUCUUUUAAAUGUAGGAAAGCAAUUUAUUGUUCGUAAAGAAAGCCAGUACGGACCUCUACGUGAAAGAAGUAGUGCAAACUCUAUAAGGGAACGCUAUGGAGAGGAAUUUGUGUUCAGUAUCGUCCUGCCGUAUUUCGCGCAAAAAGGCGCAGAAACAAACGGCCGUUAUCAUAUUUCACUCAUUUCCCCUCGACGAGCCUGUGUGCAGUGAAUGGGCAAAGUUUUGCGAUCGUAGUGCAGAGUGGAAGCCGAAUAAGAACAGCCGUAUCUGUUCAAAUCAUUUUGCACCAGAAAGCUAUCAGAUGCAUUUUACACCCGUGCAGGAAUUACCGAUACACCUCAGAAAACUUCGUGCGGAUGCGGUUCCAUCUAUCAAAAAGGGCGUUAAUUCGAAACAAAUUCAAGAAACGUCUGUUGGCGAAAGCAAUUCAUUCUACUCGGUUGUUCUGAAGUAUCGUGAUCAAUUUUGUAGAACUUGUUUGAAACCCUGCCAAGAUAAUUCCGCAAUUCCCAUCGAGUCGAAAAUACAGAACAUAACCCUUCUCGAUAUGUUUGUACAUCUAACGGCGUUCGAAACAGAAGAUAAUAAUGCAUUCCCAAGCGUUAUAUGUUUGGAGUGUAAAAUAUGUUUAGUGCAGGCGUUUAAUAUUCGCCAGGAAUUUUUAGCAAAAGCAGAAUUUUUGGUGCAACUGGUGGCCGAGAAUAAAUUGACUGAGUACUAUCAAAGUGCUAUAACAAAGGCUCAAACAUCGAUUAAGCCUAUAGCACCUACGCGAUUCAUAUUUGCUGAUACAGAUGAGACAUGCGGAUAUCCUUCAACCAAACCGCUAGUUCCGAUUCAUAGUCCGACCUCGAACAAUUUCAUCACAAAAUCGAUCAAACUCAAAGCACCAAAACAAUUCAUAUUUACUGACAUAAAUCAGGCAUACAGAAAUCUUUCGGCCAACCAGCUGGUGUCGAACGAUAAUGCAACCUUACAGUGUAGUGCAGGAACAUUGAACGAAAAUAAUGCGGAAACAAACAAAAAUGACGUCGAGCAGCACGAGGCAGAUAAAUCCGAUCUAAAUGAUCAUUCAUGCUACACCAAGGUCGGCGAUGGAAUUGAAAAUUCUGUUGAAAAGAAUGAUGAUGAACAGCAAAAUUGUUUGGUCGAAAGUAAAGCAGAAAAAGAAGACGCUUGUAAUCGCAGCAGCACACUGGAAAUAUCAUCGGACGAAAAUCGAGAACAACGCGAGGCCUGGCAUAAAUUUAUGGUCGAGUAUGAAAAAGAAAAAUCUAUGAAACGAAAACUUAAGGCUGAACAGCGACGAGCACUUAAAGCUCAGCAAGGAAGAAAGGUUAUCAAAAAAACAAACCGGUUGGAAGAAGAAGCUCGCAGAAUGUUUCCAUUUACCACGUGUUACGUUUGCGACAAGCAGCACGAUUCAAUGAUGGAAUGCAAUUUUCACAUGCGAGAACAUAUCCCAAUGCUCCCUUACGAAUGUUAUGAAUGUAUGGUGGAAAACAACAAAGCUGAGGCUACAGAGGCUGACGAAAAGUAUCAACCAUUGGAAUUGAAAACUUUAAAUAAGUUGAAUUUGCAUUUUAGGAUGCACCGAUUGCCACACAAGUGCGACAAAUGCUAUCGGCGGUUUAGUACUACUACAAAACUUAACGCCCACGUGAGCAAUGUGCAUGCUUUCGUAGACACUGGAUUCACUUGCGAAUAUUGUGGAAAGCAAUAUUUUGAUAGAACCACUUUCCGGACCCAUGUCGCCAAUCACCGAAACGAACUAAGUGGUCAGUAUAAAUGCUUGAUUUGUGACCGUACGUUUGGGGCAAAGAGUUCUCUCAAACGACAUGAAGUUUCUCACAAGGGCGAGAAACAAUAUAAAUGUAUAUACUGCGAUAAUUCGUACAGUAGAUCAGAUAGUCUGCUCAUUCACCAUAGAAGUCAUACUGGGGAUAGACCGCAUAAGUGCCUAGAGUGUGAUCGAGCAUUUCCUCAAAGAAACGCACUGUUGAAGCAUGUUUGUACGCCUGGCCACGUGAAGCCUCCGAAAUACCGAAGCAGGUUGAAGUUCGCCCUGCUUCCCAGCAAGGAUGGGCAUUGUCCGUAUCCGGGUUGCGACUAUACGGCUAGCACCUACGGCGCAAUGUAUGUGCACAGGCGCGCGAAGCAUAGACCUGUGUAUCAAUGUGAGGUGUGUAAAAAGUCGUUUGCUUUCGCGAAUCAAUUGAACGAACACUCAAGGCUGCACACGGGCGAAAAACCAUAUCAAUGCAACAUAUGCGACAGAAGCUUUCGGACCUCGCAAAUUCAUCGUAACCAUUUGAAGACGCACACCACGGACAGCAACUUUUCCUGCGAGAUCUGCCAGAAGAGCUUCAGACUACCGGCGAGUCUGAGGCAACACAUGCUAACCCAUUCAUCAGAGCGGAAGUUUUCUUGUGAAAGCUGUGGAAAUAGCUACAAAACAAAAGGCGAACUAACGAAACAUAUUCAGCGCAAACAUAGCGACGAAAAUAAUGAAAUUAAAAAUGAAGAUGAAAACUUGCAAUGAGGGUUAGGAUUGUGGUGAAAACCAGUUUCCUUUUGAUAAAUGAAAUAAAUAAUCCAUUUUUUGUUCAAG